AUGGCAGUCACUAUGACGAAGAUGUCUGUGCUUAUUGGAGCGCUGGGUAUACUUUCGUUUCUGUUUGGCAUUCUCGCUGAAACUAACAAGCCUGCAGCUGGAGUUCCCAUAAUAGGGAGAGGCAUGGUGAUUUGCAAGUACCCGUCUGAUCCAACCCUUGCCUAUGCGUGGCUAUCCUUUGGGUUUCUUUUGCUAUGUUCUGUUGAUAGUGGCUUCUCUAUAUUUUACAGCUACAAAGGCAGAAAAGCUCCCACAUCUGUUUUCUUCCAGAGCACUAACUUCAACUUCUUCUUCACCAUUACCCUGUUUACAAUAGGAUUAGCAGCUGCAUUUUUGCUAUGGCCUAUAAUGACGCAUCAUCACCCAAAUUAUAACAUUACUGGAAAUCGAAACUCCCACAGUGCUACUUGCCCAACUGCUAAAACUGGUUUGCUUGGUGGAGGAGCCUUCUUGUCUCUCAACUCAUCGCUAUUCUGGUUAGUUUGCUUCAUGUUGGCCAGCAAUGCAAGAGAGGACUACUUUGAAGAUUUGGACAGUGUCAAAAAACCUAAGCACAUUGAGAAAACUGAAGCUGGACAUGCUAAUAAGUUCAUUGUGAAAGCUUGA